CCUCGCCGUAAAAUAUUCAGUCCGGAGCUCCGAAUGGUGGUGGGAAGCCUCCGUCCGUUCUUCUCAGGGUUCGAAAUUUCAGUUUCUUCUUGAUUUCAAGACCCAUUGACAUCCCCUGAUUCUCAGCUGAAACAUCGUCCGCUUAAUGACUUGCUUACUAAAAUGGAUAUUCAAUUAACCACCGCCCAAAUCGUGGGUUUCAGAAUCAGCGCCAUUUGAAGUUCAUUGCGAUUCUUGAAUGGAGCGGGAACAAAGCUGCUCCGCCGCCGUGAAAGAUGAAUUUCAUCCAAAUCCACACAUCGAUGCCCAAACGUUGAUUUUGAAAUCGAUUUUCUUCUUGGAUGGCGUCGGCGAGGUCAUCGUCACUUGCAAUUCAGAUGGGUUGUUUUGGGAAUUGGUUGACUUCCCAGAAUCUGUUGGCUCAGGAUGCAUGGGCAUUAAGCUUGUUCCCGAUGUUGCAGCAGAGGUCAAGUUUUCUGAUGCUUAUGCUGUUGAGUUUGACGACUUUGGAGUGAUUCAUAAAUCAAAACUUGCGGCUGUUGCAAGCUGUAUGAUAUGCAAUGAAUACGAGAAACAGAUGUAUAGAUUUACAGUGCACAGUUUUCAAAGAUCAAAAUCUCAGCCUGCUCAUUGGGCCCUGACUAUGUUUACAUUUGGACACGAGGACCAGCAAACAUGUCAGAUGUGGGUAAAUCAGAUUAAUGCAUCUUUGGACCUUGAAGUUGAGAGACCAAAGAAUCUUCUUGUUUUUGUUAAUCCUAAGAGUGGGAAAGGGAUAGGGAGCCGAACGUGGGAAGCAGUAGCUCCUAUAUUUUUACGUGCUGAAAUAAACACGAAGGUGAUUGUGACUGAAAGAGCAGGUCAUGCAUUUGAUGUAAUGGCAUCUAUUGCAAACGAGGAUCUAAAAAUGUAUGAUGGUAUUGUUGCUGUUGGUGGAGAUGGUUUCUUCAAUGAGAUCCUUAAUGGGUUUCUUUUGUCGAGGCAUUUGGCACAUUACCCACCAGCCCCGUCGGAUAUUGUAGACGUCGUGCAGGCUGAAGGUAACUAUUCCAGUGAAGCAAUAACCGAAGAUGUCGAUCGAAGUGAAGAUCAGUCGCCACUUCUCUUAAGUGCUAAAUAUGGUGGAUCAGGACUCUCAACUUCUCCAGAGAACUCAACAGUGUAUGGUUUUGAUUCAGCAUUUGAUAGAUGGUUCAGAUUCGGAAUCAUUCCUGCUGGCUCAACGGACGCUAUUGUGAUGUGUUCUACUGGAUAUCGAGAUCCUAUUACAUCAACCCUGCAAAUUGUCCUGGGUAAAAGAGUUCACCUUGAUAUAGCUCAAGUAGUUAGGUGGAAAGAGACUCCGACGUCAAAGUUAGAACCUCUCGUACGCUAUGCGGCUUCUUUUGCUGGAUAUGGGUUUUAUGGAGAUGUCAUUACAGAGAGCGAAAAAUUCCGCUGGAUGGGGCCUCGACGUUACGAUUAUGCUGGUACAAGAGUGUUCUUGAGGCACAGUUCAUACGAGGCCGAGGUAGCCUACGUAGAUAUAAAGUCGGAGGAUACGAAUACAAAUGGGAAAAGAGUGCUCUGUUGUCAUAACUGCAGUAUUUGUAGCACAAAGGUAUACUUACAGCAUUCUAACACUGGCUCGGAUUCGAGUCAGGACGAAACAAGAUGGUUGAAAUCGAAGGGACGUUUCCUAAGCAUUGGCGCUGCGGUAAUCUCAUGUCGUAAUGAAAAAGCACCAGAUGGCUUGGUGGCUGAUGCUCACCUUUCGGAUGGCUUCUUGCAUCUUAUAUUGAUCAGAGACUGCCACCAUGCUCUCUAUCUUUGGCAUCUUACCCAGCUAGCCAAAAAAGGUGGAAAUCCAAUGGAUUUCAAGUUUGUGGAACAUCACAAGACUACAGCGUUUACAUUCACUUCUUUUGGCAACCAAAGUGUUUGGAAUUUGGACGGGGAGCUGUUUGAAGCACACCAGCUUUCAGCACAAGUGUUUCGUGGCCUUAUUAGCCUCUUCGCUUCUGGCCCCGACGCUUGAAUCAAACGCUCAUACACGAAUAGACUUCCUUCUAAAGAUUUACUCGAAUCCUUUCGAGUUUAGAAAAUAACAACGAGGGCUCAAUUUACUGUGGAGGUUGAAUGAAAUGUAUGGCCUCCUUAGACAAAUUAUUUAAAGCGGGUUUGUAGUCUUGCUACACGACGUGAGUGACGGGUGCUUGUAUUAUCAUUAAUUUCAUUAGUUUAAGGGUUUGAAUAUA